GGGGGCGUGGGACCGAUGGCGCUCUCGGGCCGGCGGGACCUCUGCGUUUCCUCUUCGGGGCCCUGGGGGCCCCAAGGAGAGCUGGUCCUCCCCCGCCCGGCGGCCGGCUGCGCGGUGGGCGGAGAGAGGCGCGGAUCCGCGCCGCCCCGCCGGGGGGCCCCACGCAGGGCUGGCGCCACGCCGGGCUCCCCCCUCGCACCGAGGAGGUGCGCACGCUGGCUGUGAAAACAAAAAAAAAACCAAAAAAAACACACACAAAAAAAACCAAGCCACCCCAAACACCCUUCAAACCCAGCCGGAGGGGGGGACGGCGGCGUUGAGGCGGGAGCGACUUUAUCGGGCAGUGGUCACCAUGAAGAGGAGUAAGGAUGGCGUGGGAAAGCCCUGCAUCAAAGGCUGAAGAUUUUAGACAAGCUGGUCUUCCUGAUGCUAGCUCUAGCUGCUCUGGCAGGCCUUGCAGUGCAGCAUGAGGAUGAGGAGGAAGAAACUGUGGGCAUCUUGCUUCUGCUUUGCAGCUGCCUUUUUUCUUGUGCUGACACUCCAGGUUGUCACUGAACUGGGCAAUUCAGAGAACAAGGUGGCAGUAAUCUCCAGUUUACACCGUGGUCCAUUAAAGCCUGUGGAGAGACAUGCUUUACAGUUUAAGCAGCAGAAACUUCACAGCAGCUUGAAGACAGAGUCUGAUGUAAAUCACUAUCCCAUCCUGCUCUGGUGGUCUCCCCUGACUGGAGAGACAGGGAGAUUGGGUCACUGCGGAGAGGAUGUGUGCUUCUUUACUGUCAACAAGACCUACCAGCACAAUCAGAUGACAAGAGCAUUUCUGUUCUAUGGUACUGAUUUCAGUAUAGACAGCCUACCCCUCCCUCGUAAAGACUAUCAUGAUUGGGCCCUUUUCCAUGAAGAGUCACCAAAAAACAACUACAAACUCUUCCACGAACCGACCAUCACCUUAUUCAACCACACUGCAACCUUCAGCCGCCAUUCUCACCUACCGCUGACCACUCAGUACCUUGAGGGUGUAGAGGUCCUGAAGUCGUUGAGGUACAUGAUACCACUGCAGAUGAAGAACAGCCUGAGGAAGAGGCUUGCACCACUUGUAUAUGUGCAGUCUGACUGCAAUCCUCCUUCUGACCGGGACAGCUAUGUGCGUGAGCUAAUGUGCCACAUUGAAGUAGACUCUUAUGGGGAGUGUCUGCAUAACAGAGACCUUCCUCAGCAUCUCAGAAAUCCAACUGCGAUGGAUGAUGCGAACUUCUAUAAAAUACUGGCACAGUACAAGUUCAUUCUUGCUUUUGAAAAUGCUAUCUGUGAAGAUUACAUCACUGAAAAGCUCUGGCGGCCGCUGAAGUUGGGCGUGGUACCAGUGUACUUUGGAUCUCCCAGCAUUGUAGACUGGCUUCCUAGUAACAAGAGUGCAAUCCUGGUAUCCAGUUUUUCACACCCUCGGGAGCUGGCCCACUAUAUCAAAACAUUGGAUACAAAUGAUGGAGAAUAUGAGUCCUACCUACAAUGGAAACUGAAAGGCGACAUAUCCAACCCAAGGCUGCUUACAACAAUGAAGGAACGCAAGUGGGGAGUGCAAGAUAUCACCCAGGACAAUUACAUUGACACUUUUGAGUGCAUGGUGUGUAACAGAGUGUGGGAAAACAUCAGAAGGAAAGAAAAGGGAUGGCUGCCCCAGAGGUGGAGGGCUCAGGUUAACCAUCUGAGCUGCCCCAGACCAGAGGCGUUCUGGUUCUCAUCUUCAAACCCUGGCUGGACUUCUCUUCAAGAGAUGUGGAUACCAAGCUUUGAACAAUCCAAGAAAGAAGCCUGGGCACUGAGGCAACUGGUGGAAAGAAACAGGAAUUUUACAGCUCAAGAAUUUUGGAUGCUUGUAUUCAAAGAAUAAACACAACAACCUGUAAAACAAA